AUGUAUCUGCUUGCGACCGGAAUCGCCUUGACCGUGGCCUUAAUUGUCAUUUUGAUAAGGAAGAGAAAGAAAACCUUUAGUUACUUCAAGGACCUCGGAAUAUUUGGACCUGAGCCGAGUAUUAUUUGGGGAAACCUUGCAGAGUACCACAGAAAUGGGCGUCACUAUGCUUUGCAAGAGUGGUGUGAUAAAUACGGUAAUAUAUUUGGGUUUUACAACGGUGAUGUUCCCAUUCUCGUGAUCAAGGACAUUGGCUUUUUGGAUUAUGUUUUUGUGACAAACUUCAAAAACUUCGUGGACCGCGGGGUUACAAUGAGAACAGAUCAGGUGCACCCUUCCCUUGGAGAGUCCUUGAUUCACGCCAAGGGAUCGCAAUGGCGAUUUCUUCGAAGCUGCCCCUCGCCGGAGUUUACUUCGCACAAACUGAAACAGAUGAUGCCUUAUCUCGUUGAGCAAGGAGACAUCUUUAUAAAUCAACUUGACAAACUUGCCGGUGAAAGGAGAGAGGAAUCAAUGCUCGACGCUUUCCAAGCUCUUUCCAUGGACUUCAUAUGUCGAGCCGCUUUCGGAAUAGACACCGACUUUCAGCAUAACAAGAAAAAUCCUUUCUACGUCCAAGCUGAAGGUGUUAUUCCCGGUAUGAUGAAAGGCCCUUUUCACGCCGUAGCACAGUGCACGACAACACUUGGAGGAUUUAUCAAACCAUUAUCAUGGCUUAAUCGUAUACUCGGAAGUUUCACCAUGGAAAUAUUUGCUCAAGAGAUGAAGAUGGUUGUAAGACUGAGAACGCAAAAUCUUGGUAUACAAAGAAAUGAUAUGUUGCAACAUUUCUUGGAAGUGGAAGUGAUUAACAAGCACCCCUUCAAUAAAAUCGCAUUGAUGAACGCCAAAAGCUCAGAGGGUAAAAUAUAA